AUGGUAGAACCUGAAGUUUAUGAUAUUGAAUUAAUGCUAAAAGAUUUACGAAAUCGCAUAUGUAAAAGAAGAAGACGCACCACUGAGGGUGGAAUGCCUAGGAGACUAGAUAUUUUUGGAGGUAAUAGAGUAAGAUUAAUGGUCAAGAAAGAGAAGGAUGCAGUAAUUCAACCAUCUGAUAUAAGAAGUUUAAUUGAAAAAUCAACAGAUAAAAAAUAUGUUGAGGGUGGCAUUUCUCCUCUAAGUCCUCUUAAUACUGAUCUUCUAUUUUUUAAUGAUGAUACUUCAUCUUCUUCAAUGGUAUACUUUGAAUGGUCAUGUAAAGAUUGCCCUUUAUAUUUACCAAAAUUAUGUAAGUGCACUGAUCAGCACAGUUCUUAUGCAUUGGGGCUAGAUAACAUAAGGAGCCAUAGUGACUCUAACAUUGAGCAGAAGAAUUUUCUUGUAAGAGAUGCUAGUGGUAUUUGCAGCCAUGAUGGAUGUGGUGGACUUACAUAUAUGCCAUUUAGCUUUAUUCAAAUACCCUUAAAUCGUCUUUAUAAUUCUGUGGAAAGCUUUAUAAGUGCUAAUAAGGGGCUUCCAGAAAGUUUAAAUAUCUUUUAUGGGAAGCUGAAGAACUCAUUAUUACUUGUAACUUCAGAUAAGAAUAAUGAAAACGAAGUUUUUAAAAGUCUUCAAAAUAUUUCUUAUAGCUUAGGGUGCAUUGUUAUUUAUGAUAUUAUACCUUCAAACAGUUCAAAAAGUCCUAGAAGACCUUACACUACUAAAUUUAGGCUUGCAGGACUUGCUCAUGAAUUAAUAGAUUAG